AGGUAGCCCUCUCCCAAACAGGAGGAUUACGAAAGGGGGAGAUAAUUUUCUAGACAUCGAAAAAGUGUUUUCCCCGAGGACGCACAGACAGUUCUCAAGGAGAUCUUGUUCCCUCUCAAAUAGAUACUCCUGCUCAUAUAGGUCCGGUAGUGCUGCUAUGAAAAGGAGUCCCGAUACUCGGAGGCGAAGCCCCCCGCCCCGACAAUAUAUCAAAUGGGAGAGAUCCAGAUCCAGAUCAUCCAGAUACCGAAGCAGGUCACCGGCUAGAUACAAUAAGAGGAUGCGUAGAUUUCGUUACAGGAGCAGAAGCCUGAGAAGAAAAACUCUAUCUCCGGGCUACUGUAACCACGGAGCCGCUGAAUACAGCCCCUAUGUUGGCGAAUAUUGCAUGUCGUGUCCCGUUAGACCUGGAUUUCCGGGCCCCGCUUUCUACCACCCUUGGUUUUAUCCCACAGGAGUCAUUCCUGGACACAUGCGAAUGCCUAUGGUCCCCAUCAGACCUCCGUUUACCCCAUACUGCCCACCAUGUAGAUUGUCCCAAUACAACAGGCCCAGAAAUGAGAGGCCGGUGACCUCGACCGCAACUAUCACUAAUGAUAAUCCACAGGCCAGUUCCGAGAGUGCGCAAACGAAUCAAACGAAAGAAGAGAACGUAAAAUAA